AUGCGCAAUAACACAGUCAAUUCUAUCUGGGAGGGCACCAUCAACGUGCUCGCUAGCGAAUUCGUCCGCUUCCUUAUCAAGAAGGAUAACCUGAAGAUAUUUGGAACAUGGCUUGACCGUACCUUGAUGCUGAUUCGGAGCGCAGGUCUGCGGAAUGCCCUGGCAGCUGCGUGGUCAACUUUGCGUGCUUGUUUCACAACUCAGGAUCCCGCUUCUAUUGUCGCUGAUGGUCGGCGCUUUAUGUUUACGCUGGCUUGGGUUAUAUCCGGUACACUUCUGGCGCUUGAUUCUGAACGUGAUGACGAUCCUGUGACUACGGAGAUCGCUCGUCGCUGGAUCUUGAGUGAUGAGGGUGGCGUGGGCGAGUAUGUGUUCCAUGAUAUUGUUACAGUCAGUGACACUGCGAGUACUUCCUCUAGAGGCGAAGAACAUCUGCAAUGGGACUGCCGAAUUGCCUGGGGAGUCGACUUGCCGCCGAACCGGGCAUCUGGUCAUCGAUCCUUGCAAAAGGCGAGCUCAAAGCUUUGA